AUGUGGGAUCCUUUACCGUCGGAUGGAUCGGUUACUUGUCAAUCACCUUCAGUCCAAACCACAAUUGGAUUUGUUCAAGGAGGUUUCAACACGGCCGUCGACCUUUUCCUCACCGUACUCUCGGCCAUCCAGUUGUGGCGAUUCACGAUUCGAGCCACUAACAGCGGACCCCCCGGCAGUAAUUCGUUUUUGGCCAAGCUACACAAUAUGCCACGACAGACUCGCGUUCGUCGGAUUUGGCAGACGGUUACCUUGAGUGGACCGUUGCUUUUAUCUGACAUUGCGUCGAUUGUGAAGACAUAUCUCCUGAAAUCUAUCGGGGACAAGAAUGAUAUUACACACAACACCGUACCUUUUGUCUUAUGGGUCAAGAUUGAGAACUACAGUAUCCUCCUAGCUACCUGCGCUCCCGUCGUUCGACUCCUCAUACGCAUGACCUCAGAAAGCUACAACCAAACCGGAAGUUUCUGGUCGCAUAGUUGGUCGAAUCAGUUCCAAGAAGGGUUUGAACUUGACAAGCACGACCAUACUCAUAGCAAGGGAGCAGUUGUUAUGUCCAUCUUUGCCGAUCGCGAGGCUUCGUCUGACGGUAGAGGAGAGCACAAUGUUGAAGGGCGAUCGGAGGAAGGCCAUGAUCGACAGCCAACCAAGACCUGUGAGGACGGUGUGAGAGUGAAGACUGAUAUAACCGUACAAAUUGACUCCGAUGGGGCUUCUACCAAGAGGCUAGUGCCUUAG